CUGGUGAUCAUUUUGAUAGAAACAAACAUUUCGUUCGUUGUAGAAUUAUUUCGAAUCAGUUAUUUCGGCAACCAUGUAUCUGCGUUUUUUGACAAGUUUGUAGAUUCUUUGUUUGAAGAUUAUAUUUUAAGGUUCAUCUAUAAAAAUUAGAUAGGAAAUAUAAAAAAUGGAACAUGAAAAAAAUAAAAAGAUUGGCUUGGGAAGAGGAAAUGCCCUUUUAAAAAUGUUAAAAGAGAGAGCAGAUGCAGAAGCUGCAGCCACAGCCGCAGCUGUAGUUCCAUCUUCGUCGAUAGCCAGCACUUCUGCUGCCGAUGUGAUUACUCCUUGUCCAAUAGCAAAGGGAAGAGCUUGUCUGUUGGAUGUAAUGAAAAUGAAGAAAUCUGAAGUACUAAGCUCUACAUCUGUACAAACUGUUGGUCAAGGUAGAGCAUCUCUACUUAGCCGAAUUAAAACUAUGGGUUCAGUUGGACAAACCAUUGAACAACCAAGCAUUCCUGCAUCUUCUGGUGAUGAUGCAGGAGUAUUAGGUAAAUUAUCAGAUAUUACAAUAGAAGAAACUGCUAGUAAAAAAUAUGCUCAAGAUUCUAAGUCAUCAUAUCAAAGACCUGAGCCAGUUAACCGAAAAGGAACUGGGGGAAAACCGAUUCAGUUAAGUGCAAAUUAUAUAAAUCUCAAAUUAGAGCAUGGAAAAGGUUUAUUCAAUUACGAAGUGAAAUUUAAUCCUGACAUAGAUUCAAGGCCACUUCGUUCAAAACUUCUUAAUCAACAGUUAGAAGUAGUUGGACGAACGAAAAUAUUUGAUGGUGUUACACUUUAUUUGCCUCAAAGAUUAAAAGACGAUAUAACUACUUUUCACUCUACGCAUCCUAUCGAUCAAUCAGUUGUAACGCUUACCGUAAUAUACAAAAAAGAGCAAAGUAUGACUGAGAACAUUUCAUUUUUCAAUAUUUUACUUGGUCGUGUUAUGCGAGUCCUUAGUUUAGUUCGCAUUGGUCGUCACAGUUUCAACCCAAAGGGUAUACAAUCGGUGCCACAACACAAAUUGGAAGUGUGGCCUGGUUAUGUUACAGCUGUCAAUGAAUACGAAGGAGGCCUAAAGUUAUGUAUAGAUGCAAAGCAUCGUGUCAUGCGAACAGAAACAGUGCGUGAUGUAAUGAUUAAACUUGCGAAUAAACCAAAUUAUCAAAACAUGGCAAUGAAAGAAUUAAUCGGAUUAUCUGUUUUCACGAGAUACAAUAAUAGAACUUAUCGCAUUGAUGAUGUUGCAUGGGAAAAAAAUCCAAAAUGCACGUUUCAAAAAGGAGAUAACGAAAUAUCUUUAUUAGAUUAUUAUAAACAGCACUGGAACUUACAAAUAAAUGACCAAAAACAGCCACUUCUAAUUAAUUGCGCUAAAAUCAAAUUAAAAACUGGCGAAACACAGGAACAGUUGGUACUAUUAAUUCCUGAGUUAUGUUACAUAGCAAGUCUUACCGAUAGUAUCCGUUCGGACUUUAGAGUAAUGAAGGACCUGGAUGUAAUAACUAAAAUGUCACCAAAUGCUCGCCGCGAUGUAUUUAGACAUUUUAUUCAAGAGAUACAGAAUAACGAAAUAUCACGACAAAUAUUAGCUGACUGGGGCUUACAGUUGGAAACUGAUUUAGUCGAUUUCGCGGGAAGACUUCUCGAACCCGAAGAAAUUAUAUUCGGAAAUAAUAGAAAAUUUACACCUCCAUCUCACAAACCUGCCGAAUGGAGUUCUGCAAUGUGUAGAAAUGCUAUACUACGAACUCCUAAUUUGAAUCAGUGGUGUAUCUUAUACUGUCAAAAAGAUGCAAGAUGUACACAGGAAUUUAUUGGUAUGUUCAGAAAUGUGUCAAAAGCUAUGGGUCUAUCAGUUAUGGAUCCAAACAAUAUUUGUUUAAAAGAUGAUAGAGUUGAGACAUACAUAAAAGAAUUACGUGCAAACAUUAACAAGGCACUGAGUUUGGUGAUCAUUAUUUUUCCUACAAAUCGAACUGACCGAUACAAUGCUGUAAAGAGAGUGUGCUGCGUAGAAAUGCCUGUACCAUCUCAAGUAGUUAUGUCCAGAACUAUUAGUCGUGCUGACAAGUUGAAAAGUAUAACGGAAAAAAUUGCUUUGCAAAUUAGCUGUAAAUUAGGUGGGGCACUUUGGGCAUUGGCCAUACCAAUGGAAAAUUGCAUGAUAUGUGGAAUAGAUGUGUAUCAUGCAGGUGUUGGUCAACAAAUGAAAGGAAGCGUCGCAGGUUUUGUAGCAAGCUUAGAUAGACUACUAACAACUUGGCACAGUAAAAUUUGUUUACAAGGUCGAAAUCAAGAAUUAGUUGAUAUGCUACAGAUCUGCUUAAUUUCAGCAAUAAAAGCUUACUACAAGCACAAUAAACGGUACCCAGAUCGUAUUAUUGUGUACCGGGAUGGUGUUGGCGAUGGCCAACUAGAAACUGUUACUAAAUAUGAAGUGAAACAGUUGUUAGCAACGUUUAAAAAUAUAGAAUCAAGUUAUCAACCAACUUUAACUGUUAUAGUAGUUCAAAAACGUAUUAAUACACGAAUAUUUGCAAAAUCUCAACAAGGCCUGAUAAAUCCGCCACCAGGAACAAUCGUGGAUUCUAAUAUAACAAGGUCUGAUCUUUAUGAUUUCUUUUUGGUGUCCCAGAAUAUACGAAUGGGUACAGUGUCGCCAACACACUAUAUUGUUAUCUAUGAUAAUAAAAAUAUGAAAGCUGAACAUAUACAACGAUUGACAUACAAGCUUUGUCACUUGUAUUAUAAUUGGCCUGGUACUAUAAAAGUUCCAGCUCCCUGUCAGUAUGCCCACAAGUUGGUUUCUCUUGUUGGGCAAAAUUUACAAUUGGAACCUCAUCAAUCACUUUUUGAUACAUUGUAUUACUUAUAAGGUACAUAUUACUAUCCAUGACUAAUUAAUCUUAUUAAAAAGUUGUAAAUGUACAUAUCAUAUAGUUAACACCAAAGAUAGU